UACGUGACACAUAUACGAAAUGUCAGGUAGAAAGAAGACCCUUUUGAAGGUGAUUAUCCUUGGGGAUUCCGGGGUAGGAAAGACAUCUUUAAUGCAACAAUUUGUCAACUCAAAGUUCUCGCACCAAUAUAAGGCCACCAUUGGAGCCGAUUUCUUAACUAAGGAAAUCACUGUGGAUGGUGGUAAGCAAGUUACCUUACAAAUCUGGGACACCGCUGGUCAGGAAAGGUUCCAAUCACUUGGAGUGGCGUUUUACAGAGGUGCUGACUGUUGUGUCCUUUGUUACGAUGUGACUAAUGAGAAAUCACUCAAUAAUCUUGCCUCUUGGAAGGAUGAAUUUCUCAUUCAAUCCAAUGUAGCAAACCCAGCUGACUUCCCAUUCAUUAUCAUCGGUAACAAGAUAGAUGUAGAUGAAAGCAAAAAGAUUGCUAGUUUGCAAAAGAAGUUGAACAACGUAACCAGUAAUCAAUUAGGGGGUUUGAACUACCCAGUUUUUGAAACUAGUGCCAGAGAUGCCAUUAACGUUGAACCUGCAUUUGAAGUUGUUGCCAAGAUGGCUUUACAACAGGAGGAGUUGAACGAGGCUGGAAAUGAUGUGAGUGAUGAUUAUAAUGAUGCUAUCAAUAUUCACUUGGAAAGUGAAAGUAGUAGUUGUAUGUGUUAAGACACUUGUAUUCAUUCUUUCAUAUAUAUCCCACAUAGGGGCAUAUUAGUCCCGAUACUUUGGUUGCUCUAUAGAUUUCGUUCCGUUACGACAAACGUUCUAUUCACUUCAUACGGUACAUACAUUGUUUAAUACUAUUUAAUAACUUAA